AAUUGGCUAAUAUUUAUAAGUUUUACGUUAUAUUUAGCCAUGUCCGCUAUGUGUAUUGAAAAUGUUUUGUUCAAAAGGUGUCUAGUCAGUAGUUUAUGUACAUUUGGUAGGAAGGCUUCAAGACUAGUAAACAGGGAAGACAACAGAAAGAGCAUUUCUAAACGUAAACAAAUAUACUUAUGUAUUAUGUCAGCAUUGCCAAAGAAAAAUGGACACCAUCAAAAGUUCACAAUUUGUGUAGAAGGGAACAUUGCUAGUGGUAAAACUUCAUUUUUAGAGUAUUUUAAAGACACACAUGAUGUUGAGGUGAUAGAAGAACCUGUUAACAAAUGGAGGAAUGUUCAAGGAGGAAAUAUUUUAGCUCAGAUGUAUGAAGAUCCAACGAGAUGGUCAUUAACACUCCAGACCUAUGUACAGUUAACAAUGUUACAGAAUCAUGUCAAACAACAGGAAAAAACAAUUAAAUUGAUGGAAAGGUCAAUAUACAGUGCAAAGUACUGUUUUGUUGAGAACUUACAUAACAGUGGUAAAAUGCCUGAUUUAGAGUUUGCAGUUUUAAGUGAAUGGUUUGAUUGGAUUUUAGAUUUCCACAAGUGUCCAUUAGAUUUGAUUGUAUACCUACAGACAACACCAGAAAUAGUUCACGACAGAAUUAAGAAACGACAGAGGAGAGAAGAACAAACAAUCCCAAUAGAAUACUUACAAACGUUACAUAAUCUACAUGAAGAUUGGUUAAUUCAUCAGAGAAAAUUCCCUGUUCCAUGUAAAGUAUUAACAUUAGAUGCUAAUUAUGAAUUGGACUACAUGCACAAAGUAUUUGAAGAAAAUAGAAAGAAAAUUAUGUGUGACAGUGGUUGAAUCAGAAACAAACAAUGAUAUCACUGCCAAAUGAUAUGAACUCAGUGUAAGGAAAGACUUACAGCUUCAAGUUGGGAUACAUCAUGAUUGUGAUAUGACUUGUGAGGUUGUGUUUCUCAGCAGCAGAAAAUGCUAAUGAUCCUGGUGAUUUAUAGAUCCAUUGCUAUGGUGACAGAUCUUGCAAUUUAUCUGAUAUAUUAAUUAUGGGCUACUAGUUGUUGUGCUUUUGGUGUAUAAUGAUGUAUUUUUAAUGCAAUUUAAACGUUAGAGAAUGAUUGAUUAAUUUCAUGGAGAGUGAAGCAAAUUUUUAUC